AUGUCGACUUCUCAGUGCUGGAAAUGCCUUGUUGCCAGGCCUGUUACUGCCCAAUUCGCCCCUACGCUGGCUGUGAGGCUGGCAGCCCCUGCUCGGAAGUUCUCGACGACGGCAAUGCUGGCUGCUGGACCCCCGACCAAGACACCGAAGAUGGUGGCAGGAAAGAGUAAAGGUGCGAAGACGCUGCGGAUCAAGAAGAAGGCCUUUGUGAAGACGGGGAAGCCGCCCGCGGCUGGAGAGCGAAAGGCGAUGCGGAAGAGGAUUGUGCUGAGUAACACGAAUGCGCUGGAAGUUGAGGAUCUCAGGGAUCUGAACGGAAAGCUUGUGGACGAGCUCUUGCAGCAGGAUGCUGAGGCGCGACCGAAUAAAGGGUCGUUGGCGGCGGUUGUGAUGGGGGAGGAUGAACCCAGGAUGGUGGGACAAGUGGUAGGGUUGAAUGGGGUGACGGUCGACAGUCUGAGGGCUGUGGAGGCUUUCAAGACGACGCAGGGAUGGGGAAUUUUCCGGCGGCCUGCGGUGUUGAUCAGGGGGGAGAGUGUAGUCAUGGCAAGGAGGAUGAUGGAGGCCGAGGGCAAGGCCGAGACGAUCAGGAUGGUGCUGGAUGGAGAUAAGGGGACGGGAAAGAGUCUGAUGAUGUUGAGUGCUAUGGCCACGGCGUUUGCGAAGGGCUGGGUUGUGAUCAAUAUCCCUGAAGCCCAAGAAGUUACAAACGCCAUGACAGCGUACGCAGCGUUACCAAACACAAACCCGACCCUCUGGUCCCAGAAUACAUAUAUUGCCAACUGGCUCUCCCAAAUCGCAAAAGCCAACAUCGCUGUCCUCCAAUCCUUCACUCUACCCGAAGAACUCACCGCUCCUAUUACAGUCCCAAAAGGUACCACCCUCUUCCGUCUCUGCGAACUCGGUGCCCGCGACCCCGAAAUCGCGUGGCCUAUGUUCGAAGCCUUCUGGUCAGAGCUCGCUACUCCGGGACAUCCCCCAGUUCUCAUGUGUCUUGACGGCUUAAGUUUCGCCAUGCAAGACUCGCUCUACCGCGCCCAGGAUUUUUCCCUUAUCCAUGCUCACGACCUGGCUGUCAUCAGGCAUUUCGUGGACCACCUCUCCGGCACCAAGAAGCUCCCGAAUGGAGGUGCCGUGCUAGCGGCGACUAGUCGCUCUCAUGCCCCAGUCUCGAAAUCGCUAAACUUGGCCAUCAAGCAGGCCGAAGAUCGGCAGGCGGGCAGGAACAUUACGCCAAAAGAUCCUUUCGAGAAGGCGUACGAUGCGAGGGCUGACAAGGUCCUGAGUAGUGUGGAGGUCAUGAGGUUGAAGGGAUUGACUAAGCGAGAAGCGAGAGGACUGAUGGAGUACUGGGCGAAGAGUGGAGUGUUGAGGUGUCAGGUUGACGAGGAGACGGUGGCGGAGAAGUGGGCGCUCGCUGGCAACGGUGUCGUUGCUGAGAUCCAGAGGGCGGCGCUCUGGAUGAGGAUGUAA